AUGAAUAGAACUCCUCAUAUGGAUUAAUUGAUCUCUAAAAUCUAUAGAUAACGUAAAAAUGUAAGUCUAAUAUGUUAACAAAAAGUAAACUCCAAAUGAUUAUUCUAGGGAGAUGUACUCUCAUCCAAAUAGCCAUCAAACAUCUAACAAAGACCUUUUGAAUUUAACUAGCAAAUAAAAAUUAAAUAAAUCAUGUAACUAUAAUUCAAAUUUACAUCAACGACUCUAAUCCAAAGCAGGAGCAGAUAUAAAAUAAAAAUUAUUAGAUGAAAGUAAAUGUAUGUAAUUACUUUCACAGUUUUAAGAGGAUCACAUUCUAAUAUCUCAACUAGUUAUUUAAUUAGUACACUAAAAGAAAAGGUUAGUGAAAAGGUCAAUUAAAAAGUUUAAAAAUACAACACUUGUUAAGAAGCUUCAUCAUUCACAAUCCCUUAAAAAGAGUUAUCCCCUAAACCUAUGUUUAAAAUUCUUGAAAACUUUCUCUUUGCUGAAUGUUAAAAUCUUAAAAAUCAAGUUUCACUUAAUUCAUUUCAAGAACUACUUGAUAAAAUGGAAAUAAAAGAGUAAUCUUUAAAAAUAUCAAUUUUUGCAGAUUUAAAAAAACUUUUCAUUAUAUUAGCUUAAUCUAUUCGAAAUGAUAUUUAAACAUAAAAGAAAGAAAUAGAAUCUCUUCUUCGAUAAAAUAAUUCAUUUAAAUCUUAAAUCUAAGAAAUGAAUUCUCAGUUAGAUAAAUUCAAAUCUGUUAUUGAAGAUUAACAGAAAUAAAUCAAAAUUAAAAAUGAAGAAAACUUUAUUUCAAUAAUGAAUACACUUAGAUCUCAUGGUGUUGAUCCUCGAAAAAUGUUAAAAAAAUGUUAAGAUAAUGUUGAAACUUGUAAACUCAAAUAAGAAUAAUCUGAAUUUAUAGAUGAAUCAUAAAAAUAUAGUUCAGAUGAUUCUAUUCCAUUUGGUAAUUAUUAUUAUUUAUUAUAUAAGUUGAUCCUCAAACAAUAAUAAAAAAUGAAAAAAAAGUAAUAGGACUUGCACUAAAUUUAAAUCCAUUAAAAGAUCCUAAAAAAGCACCCAUUGGAUAUCAAGAUGAAUUUAUGGCUAAUAUUAAUGAAUUCAGCGAAAGUUGGAGAUAAUAAGCUUUAGCCGAAAAAAGAUUUUGA